CUGGCGGAAGGGGCCGCGCAGGAAGCGGGGCCGGGCUGCCCCGCGGCCGCAACCGGGGCGAGGGCGGCGAGCGCAGCCAGGGCAGGUGCCUGAAUUUCAUGACUCUGUGCCCGUUUCCUCCCAGCAGAGAUGGGGCCCCGGCGGAAAACCGUGAAAGCAGUGAGCAGGGAAGGGGCAGAGUCUACCAAAGCUGAGGAGCCAAAAGAUUACAUGAACCAACUCUCCCAUGAAGUGCUUUGCCACAUCUUUAGGUACCUGCCCUUGCAGGACAUCAUGUGCAUGGAGUGCCUGUCGCGGAAGCUGAAGGAGGCGGUGACGCUGUACCUGCGCGUGGUCAAGGUGGUGGAUCUGUGUGCGGGGCACUGGUGGGAGUACAUGCCCACAGGUUUCACUGAUUCCAGCUUCCUAACCCUGCUGAGGAAGAUGCCAGACAUUGAACAACUUUAUGGUCUUCAUCCCAGGUAUCUGGAAAGGCGCCGAGUCCGUGGCCACGAAGCUUUCAGCAUUCCUGGAGUUUUAGAGGCUUUGCAGGCCUGUCCAAAUUUGCUGGGUGUUGAGACCUCUCAUUUAGAGCUGGUGGAAGCUAUUUGGACAUACAUGCCCCAAGUCCACAUUUUAGGGAAGUUUCGUAAUCGUAAUGGUGCUUUUCCAAUUCCUCCUGAGAACAAGCUGAAAAUUCCUAUAGGAGCUAAAAUUCAGACUUUGCACUUAGUAGGGGUGAAUGUCCCUGAGAUUCCUUGUAUCCCAAUGCUGAGGCACCUUUAUUUGAAGUGGGUGAGACUCACCAAACCACAGCCUUUUAAAGAUUUCCUUUGUAUCAGCUUACGUGCUUUUGUCAUGAGGAACUGUGCUGGACCCACAAACUCUCUGAAGUAUGUUCCCCUGGUGACAGGCCUGGCUUCUGCCAGGAAUCUGGAGCACUUGGAGCUGGUCCGUGUUCCAUUUCUUGGAGGACUUAUCCAGCACGUGGUAGAAGACAGCUGGAGAUCUGGUGGUUUUAGGAAUUUGCACACUAUAGUUCUGGGAGCUUGCAAGAAUGCACUUGAAGUGGAUCUUGGCUACCUCAUCAUAACUGCUGCACGAAGGUUGCACGAAGUGCGGAUCCAGCCUUCCUUGACCAAAGAUGGUGUUUUUUCUGCUUUGAAGAUGGCUGAACUGGAAUUCCCACAGUUUGAAACUCUUCACCUAGGCUACGUUGAUGAGUUUUUACUACAGUGUAAAAUGACGAGUACGGACUUGGUGAGGUACGGCUUGGCUGAUGUGGUUGAAAACCCAGGAAUUAUUACAGAUAUUGGUAUGAAAGCUGUAAAUGAAGUUUUUUCUUUCAUCAAGUAUCUGGUCAUUUACAACUGCCCACAUCUACAUAACCCAAAUAAUUGGAUCACAGACCACUCGAGGUGGACCCGCCUGGUUGACCUGACCCUGGUGAGGUGCCAUGCCAUCAAGCUGGACUCUUUCAGUCAGUUCAUUGAGUUACUGCCAAGCUUGGAGUUCAUUUCUCUGGACCAGAUGUUUAGAGAGCCUCCAAAGGGCUGUGCUCGUGUGGGCCUGAGUGCAGGCACAGGAAUUGGGGUCUCCUCUGCCCUGGUGAGCAAUCAGAACUCCAACAAUGACAAUGACAACAACAACAACCACCAGAACAACAACAACAACAACCCCAACGUGCACCACAACAACCACCAGCACCCCAACGAGCAGAACGAGGAGAACGAGCUGCGCCAGGAGGGCCCCGCUGAGGAGCAGCAGAUUGGGGCUGAGGCCCUGAAUGAGAUGGAGGAGGUGGCACAGGAGGAAGGGGAGGCUGCUGGGCAGGGCCAGGACGAGCUGCCAGCUCCCAGCCAGGCUGUUGUUCCAAUGGAGGUGGAUGAGGAGCAAGCAGGACCAAGUGGAAUUCAACCUGCUGUAAAAGCAGCUCCUAUUACCAUCCAUGAUUCAGACAGUGAGGAUGAGGAGGAAAACAUGGGCACUUCCAGAGCCUGCAUCUCCAGCAGCAUUGCACAGAAUUACUCAGAUGGGGAAGAGAAGAGCAGGGAUCCAGUGGAAACCAGGGAACCUUCAGUGAGCGGCAAAGGCAAGACCCCCCUGCGGAAGAGAUGCAGCACCAGCCACGGGGGCCAGGCCAAGCAGUUCCCUGUGGAGGAGAGCAGCUGUGAGAAGGGCUGCCAGGUGACCAGUGAGCAGAUCAAAGCUGACAUGAAAGCAGCCAGUGACAUGCCCGAGAGGAGCAAGAGCAAGGAUUCCUACGGCAGCUGCAGCAGCGCCCCGGCAUCCACGGCUACACCCAGCUCCUGCAGUGCUGCUUCCCCCAGCCCUGACUGUGCCCAGGCCGCCCAGAGGCACUGUGCUGGCAGCAGCCCAGCAGCUGGAGAGGAGUGCAGGCAGUGUGGCUGCUCUCCCUGCAGGAGGGGAGGGUGCAGUGAGAGGGAGCCCGAGGAGAGCUCCGUGUGCUCCCGCUGCUGCUCGCGGGCACAGCGGCGCAGGACGAGCGGGGGCUGCGAUGGGGAGAGCCCCUCCACCAGUGGGGCCUGCAGGGACGGGCCAGACUUUGCACUUAGGACACUGCCAGACUGUGGGGCUGCGGGAGAGCCUGGGCAUGACAGGACUAGUGGGAGUGCCUGUGGGGCUGGCAGCCGGGAGCAGAGCACGCAGCCCCCGGGCUGGCAGCUGGACUGCAAGGAGGAGUACCCACGGAGACCCCUGACCAGGGCCAGGAGCAGGCUGUCCCACGUGCCUCUGGUGUCAGAGCCAGAAGUAGCAAAGCCAAAGCCAAGGCAAACCACCAAGAGGAAAAGGACAGCUGACAAAUCCACCAGCACCAGUGACCCUGUGAUUGAGGAUGAUCAUGUUCAGGUACUGACUUUGAAAUCCAAAAACCUUGUAGGAAUCACAUUGACCAACUGUGGAAUAACAGAUUUGGUGCUGAAAGACUGCCCCAAAAUGAUGUUCAUCCAUGCCACCAGGUGCCGUGUGCUGAAGCACCUGAAGGUGGAGAAUGCCCCCGUGGUGAAUCGCUUUGACUACGCCCAGUGCAAGAAGCUGAACAUGGAUCAGGUGCUGGAUCAGAUCCUCAGGAUGCCCCCAGAGAGGAACAGGAUCAUCUACCUUCGUCCCAUGCAGCAGGUGGACACACUGACCCUGGAGCAGAAGAUCUUCAGUGGCCCCUACCCCUACCACAUCUGCAUCAUCCACGAGUUCAGCAACCCCCCCAACGUGCGCAACAAGGUGCGGGUGAGGAGCUGGAUGGACACCAUAGCCAACAUCAACCAAGAGCUGAUUAAAUACGAGUUCUUCCCUGAGGCCACCAGGACUGAGGAGGACCUGAAGAAAUACCCCAAGUACCCCUGGGGCAGGGACAUCUACACCCUGGAAGGCAUUGUGGAUGGUGCUCCUUACUCCAUGAUCACUGACUUCCCCUGGCUGAGGUCCCUGAGGACAGCAGAGCCCAACAGCUACGCCAGAUACGACUUUGAGGAUGAUGAGAGGACCACCAUCUACGCCCCGAGGAGGAAGGGGCAGCUCUCAGCUGACAUCUGCAUGGAGACCAUCGGCGAGGAGAUCUCGGAGCUGCGCCAGGUCAGGCGCGGCGUGUUCCAGAGGGUCGUGGCCAUCUUCAUCCACUACUGCGACGUCAACGGGGAGCCCGUGGAGGAUGACUACAUCUGAGGGGUGUCCCCAGCCUGCCCUCCCUCCCCCUGGCACUGCUGGCCAAGAAAAAGCAGGAUUUCUUUUCUCCAAAUGCAAAGCAUUUCCCACCGAGGCGCCCUCGGCUCUCCCCGUGGCCAGGAGGAUGUAGUUAAAUGUAAAAUGGAAAGUACAAAUUGUAUACUAAGAGUUGUACAUAGAGGAAACAAAAAAACAAAAACAAAACUUCCUAAUACUGAGACUUUAUUUCAUAUGUUUAUACAAUUUAAUUUAAGUUCCAUUUUAAUGAAGGCCAAUAAUCAGGAAAGGGGAAGAAGAUUUGAACUUUUCAACCCAUACAAUUCAUAGCAGUAUUUUUUUUCCUUAUAAACAACAAUUCCAUUUGCUGUGUUCAAAAGAGUCAUCAGAGUCUCUUUUAAUCUGUGCCUUUUUCUUGAGCAUUUAAGAGUCCAGUCUGAGUAAACCUGGUGAGCACAA